AUGGCUCCUUAUGAGGCCCUGUAUGGCAUGAGAUGUGGGUCACCUAUUUGUUGGGAUGAUGUGGGAGAAUCUCAGAGCAGGCAGAAAUAUUUUGCAGAUAAUAGGAGAAGAAGCUUGGAGUUUCAGGUGGGUGAUUAUGUGUUCUUAAGAGUAGCUCCCACUAAAGGAGUUAUUCAUUUUGGUGUGAGAGGGAAGCUCAGCUCUCGGUUUAUUGGUCCAUUUGAGAUCUUAGAACGCAUUGGUGAGGUGGCAUAUCGGCUUGCAUUACCACCUUCACUGUUUCGGGUUCAUGAUGUGUUCUAUGUUUCUAUGCUGAAGAAGUUCAUUCUGAAUCCUGACCAUGUAAUACAAUUCUCCGACUUUGAGCUUAGCAUUGAUUUGACGUAUGAGGAGCGACCUAUAAAGAUCGUGGAUUUCAAGGAGCAAAUACUAAGAAGGCGGGUCAUUCCUUAUGUCAAGGUUCAAUGGAGCAAUCACACAGAGAGUGAGGCUACUUGGGAAUUGGAGUCAGAGAUGGGGAGAAAUACUCGUACCUAUUUUAUUCUGACGGGCAGUAACCUCCCACUUGCAUGA